UUGACAGAAAUGCCCGCACGGGGCCGAUCUCGUGUUUAGAUUAAGUAGUUAGUUUAAUUUAAACUUUACUUUACCAAAAUGGAGCUAUUUUAUUUGUUAUUAGUAAUAUUUAUGGUCAGCAGUACCUGUGGGAAAGUAGUUAAACAUGACGAAAACAUCCACGCUACGAACGAGAUAAGUAAAGAUGAUUCAGUUCCAAACAUCACAACUACUGAAGCGCUAACCAAUAACUUACAAAACAAUAUAGAGGAACCUAUUCCCAAGACAGAUGACCCCGUGAACACAACCGAUGCUCAAGCUAAUAAGGAUGCACUUGAAAAGGCUUUUGACGAAGAUUUUCUAAUCAUCACACGAGUUGGUAAAGAAGAAAACUCCGUGUCAACCACCGAAAAGCCUGCGAAGGAUCCUCUUGAAAACGUCGUCGAUGAAGAAGACUCUCUCAUUAUUAUCAGGAAAAACGAUAUCGCUAAAAAAGAUAACCUAAUUCUAACAAGUACCGAAAAAUCUACUAAAGAUCCAUACGGAAACGCCCUUGACGUGGAUUUCCUGAACAUAAUAAACGAUUAUGAAGAGACACAGUCAAGUGAAGCACCUGAAGCUAAAGUCGAUAAUGGCACAGCCUUGCUUCUGACGGCUUUUAUAAAAGACGGGCUUAUAGCUGAGGCGCGGAACGCUUGUCGAGUAGACCCAGAUUUGUUCUUAGGGUUCGAGAGUUACAGUGGUUUCCUGACAGUAGACGAGGAGUUGAAGUCUCACUUAUUCUUCUGGUAUUUCCCGGUGCCUGACAAGCCUGUGAAUGAAACGCCGUGGAUCGUGUGGUUACAAGGAGGGCCCGGAGCAUCUAGCAUGGCGGGGCUCUUUGACGAAGUAGGACCUUUCACUGUUAGUCAGUUUGGAACAUUAAAAAAGAACCGCUACAGCUGGAUCCAUAACCACUCUCUCCUGUUCAUCGACAACCCGGUGGGCACCGGUUACAGUUUCACGGAGAGCAAGGAAGGUUAUGCGAAGGACUUAGAAACGUACACGACCCACCUCCAUAUGGCGAUGAAGCAGUUCAUGCAAAUCUUCCCCGAGCUACAAGCACCGCCACUGUUCGUGGCCGGUGAAUCAUAUGCCGGCAAGUAUGUCCCGGCGCUAGCCCACAGGAUCCAUAGGCACAGGGACAGCUUACCGCACUUCAAUUUACAGGGUGUGAUGCUGGGCAACGCAAUGGUAGACCCAGAAGAAAUCGCGCAUAUAGCAGAUGCUUUCGAGUACUUUGGGCUGAUUGACCAGACGCAAGUGGAAAUCAUCAGACCGCUGGUGGAAGGCUUCCAGGACGACAUCGCUCAGAACAGGAGCGGUCCCGCUAAGAUGAAAUGGGUCAACCUCGUAUCAGCUCUCCUCCUAAUGUCCCAUCAAAAGCACGCGUACAACUUCCUCCGAGACAGUAUCUCCGGCGGGAAAUACACGGAAAUGUUGGACAAGUCCGACGUGAAGAGAGCCCUCCACGUCGGGGACAUUCGGUUCAGUCGUGUCAAUGUGACCGUGAAUAUUGAGUUGGCUCCGGAAUUCCUUAGCAGCACGAAAUCGAUGCUGGAGGAGUUGUUGGAUCAUUAUAGGGUGUUGGUGUAUUGUGGGCAGUUAGACCAGAUGCUGCCUUGUCUGCAAACCUCCAAGAACGCUCGGACAUGGAAGUGGAAUGGCACUGAGGAGUUUCUGGAAGCCGCGCGGUACCCCUUCAUAUUCAACGGCAGAAACGCUGGCUACCACAAGACCGGGGGCCACCUGACAGAAGUAGUGUUCCGCGGCGCAGGGCACAUGGUCCCUCAGGACGUGCCCGCGCCAUCGCAGGCCCUCGUCACUCGCUUCACCCACGGCGUCCCACUCGGUCCGCGCAACAUGCAGUACGAAGCGACCUUGCUAACCAUGCAGAAGUAUUUGCGCAAUGGAACAACGAGUAAUGUUACUAAUACCGAUGUUUUCGUAUAUCUAUAAUAAAUGAUUUGUUUU